AUGGGCCUUGAGAAAUUGAUUGUUCCAGGAAAAAGCUUGAAAAGUCAAAGCUCCUCAAGCAUUGACAAAGCCACCUCUUCCAUUCAUUCAAGAUCUUCAUCCUCAUUUAACAAUGACACUCCACUAGAUACAGAUGAUAUAGAUGAAGAUGAUGAAUCAGGACAGAGUAUUCUUCUUAAUAUUAUUUCUCAAUUGAAACCAGGAUGCGACUUAUCAAGAAUUACGCUACCAACAUUUAUCCUAGAGAAAAAAUCUAUGUUAGAAAGAAUUACGAACUCUUUACAAUUUCCUGAUAUUUUAAUGGAUGCUCAUUCCGAUCCUGAUGAAUUACAAAGGUUUAUUAAAGUUGUUAAGUUCUACCUUGCAGGCUGGCACAUUGCACCAAAGGCAGUGAAAAAACCUUUGAAUCCAGUGCUGGGAGAACAUUUCACCUGUUAUUGGGAUUUACCAAAUAAGCAACAAGCAUUCUAUGUAGCAGAGCAAACAAGACACCACCCUCCGGAAUCUGCCUAUUUUUACAUGAUUCCUGAAUCGUCCAUCCGAAUUGAUGGUAUUGUGGUUCCUAAGUCAAGAUUUUUAGGUAACUCAAGCGCAGCAAUGAUGGAUGGAUUAACUGUUUUAAAAUUUCUAGAUAUUAAGGAUUCUACUGGGAAAGAACCUUGUGAAAAAUACACUUUAACUCAACCUAAUAUGUAUGCAAGGGGUAUACUGUUUGGGAAGAUGAGAUUUGAACUUGGGGAUCAUAUGCUUAUAAAGGGACCUAGGUACACUGUGGAUAUUUUGUUCAAAACGAAGGGCUUCAUUUCAGGAUCCUAUGACCAUAUAGAAGGUAACAUAAAGGACCGAAAUGGCAAAGACUUAUAUACAAUUUCAGGGAAAUGGAACGAUAUCAUGUAUAUUAAAGAUUUGAGUGAUCCUAAGAAUAAAAAAACAGUAUUUUUUGAUACUCAUAAGAAUAAAACCUUUAAGCCUAAAGUUCGUCCAAUCGAGGAGCAAGGACAAUAUGAAUCACGGAGACUUUGGAAGAAGGUCACUGAUGCAUUGGCUAAACGUGAUCAUGAAGUGGCCACGGAGGAGAAAUUCAAGAUUGAAGAUUAUCAAAGAGAACUUGCAAAGAAGCGCUUGGAGGACGAUGUGGAGUUUCAUCCAAAACUUUUUAGAAAGGUAGAACCUGGACAAGAUUUAAAUUUCUAUAUUUACAAACAUAUUCCAAGUGGACGUGACUAUGAGAAGCAAAUAAAAUCUAUAUUAGAAGUUGCACCAAUUUUACCAGGUCAGGCAUUUACCAGUAAUUUCGAAAAACCUGGAUAUAAGAAAUAUGAAAUGGAGGAAAAGGCAAAGGAGCACCAGCUUGCUAUGAAACAUUGA